AUGCUCACGUCUGGUUCUGUAAAAUAUCUUGUGAUACAAAAGACCGCCGAAAUUCCGGUGCAAAAAGACUUCACGGCCACAAUCGUGAAUUCAACCACAGUACGCCUGACACCGAAGGCCCCACCUAUUUCACAGCCAUGGGGCAACAAGUACCUGCUCACUAUGAACAAUCGCACCUUCACUAAGCCCUAUACGGUGAUCACCACAGAGGAGACAAUAAUCAACCUGCAGCCAUUUGGCAUUAACAAUGUCACGCUCCAGACUCCUGACACGAGUGACAAUCCUUUCCCCGCUAAAUUUAACUUCACCGAGAAGUGGGCCCGCAAAAUCAAAUACACGUACUUUUUCGCGGUGAAGGACUCCCACAACAAGCUCUCUCACAUUUAA